AUGCCGUCCACUCGCCAACGCAACACUGUCCUCGCUGCGGCGGCCACUGCCUCUGCUGGCGCCCUUACCUUCGUGGCCCCUCCUAGCACGCCCAGUGCCGCCAGAAUCGAGCCAGGCGUCGUGGGCGGCCAUGCCGUUGCUGCGCAGCCUCAGACCUCCAGCAUGGGCGCCGCCACUGUGGGCGCCGCAAUGCUCGCGGCUGGCUGUGCCGCGCGCGUCACACCGAAGGGCAAGGGCCAGCGCAAGGCCGUGAAAGUGGCAGCGGUCAGCACCGACACCGAGGUGGAGACUGACUGCAUCAACUCCAUCCGCUUCCUGGCUGUUGAUGCUGUGAACAAGGCCAACUCGGGCCAUCCCGGAGCACCCAUGGGUCAGGCGCCGAUCGGAUACCUGCUCUUUGCAGAGGAGAUGGCUUACAACCCCAAGGACCCGUCUUGGUGCAACCGCGAUCGCUUCGUCCUGUCUUCCGGCCACGGCUGCAUGCUGCAGUACUCGCUUCUGCACCUGGCUGGCUAUGACAGCGUGGCAAUGGAUGACCUUAAGCAGUUCAGGCAGUGGGGCUCCAAGACCCCGGGCCAUCCGGAGAACUUCGAGACCGACGGCAUCGAGGUCACAACUGGCCCGCUCGGCAUGGGCAUCUCCAACGCCGUUGGCUUGGCGGCCGCUGAGGCGCACUUGGCAGCGGCCUACAACAAGCCGGACUUCACCCUGAUUGACCACUAUACCUACACCAUCGCGGGUGAUGGCUGCAUGCAGGAGGGCAUUUCCCACGAGGCCUGCGCGUACGCCGGCCACCUUGGUCUUGGCAAGCUCAUCGCCUUCUAUGAUGACAACGGCAUCACCAUCGACGGCCACACCGAUCUGUCCUUCACUGAGGAUGUUGGCAAGCGCUUCGAGGCGUAUGGCUGGCAGGUUCUGGUUGUUGACAACGGCGAUCAGGAUGUCGAUGCCAUCCGCAAGGCCAUCGCCGAGGCCAAGGCCUGCACUGACAAGCCCACUCUCAUCAAGGUGAAGACCACCAUUGGCUUCGGCUCGCCCAACAAGGCCGACAGCCACGAUGCGCACGGAGCUCCCCUCGGUGCAGACGAGGCCGAAGCGACCCGCAAGCAGUUGGGCUGGAACUACGGUGAGUUCGAGGUCCCAGAGCAUGUUUACGCGGCCUUCAAGAAGCAGGCGGAUGCUGGCAGCGCCAAGCAGGCUGAGUGGGACAAGCUCUUUGCUGCCUACAAGGAGAAAGAGCCGGAGCUGGCUGCGCAGUUCGAGCGAGCGGUGCUCAACAGGAAGCUGCCGGACAACUGGGACGAGUGCCUCCCCAAGCUGACUGAGGAGGACGCUGGCAAGGCCACCCGAUUGCACUCCCAGGACUGCCUCAAUGCCAUCGCCCCAGUCCUGCCGGAAUUCAUGGGCGGCUCUGCCGACUUGGCACCAUCCAACAUGACACUGAUGAAGUGCACUGGCGACUUCUUGAAGGACAGCUACUCCGAGAGGAAUUUCCGCUUCGGCAUCCGAGAGUUCGGCAUGGGAGCCGUGUGCAAUGCCCUGUCUCUGGACAAGACAGGCAUUAUUCCCUACUGUGCCACCUUCACCAUCUUCACGGACUACAUGCGCUCCGCUAUCCGUAUCGCUGCACUGUCCCAGGCAGGCACCAUCUUCGUGACCACCCACGACUCCAUUGCCGUAG